UCUGAAGCUCGAUCCCGAAGGUUUAAAAUUUCCGAAGUUAAAAAUCCCCGAUCAAGCUUGGAUAGAUGACUUACCUAAAGAUGACGAAAACAAAGUUGUUCCAACCAAAGUCUCUCUUGUAGCUGUUAAAGCACAAUUUCGAAAAGGUUGUCAAAGUGAAAAAAAAUAUUUAUAG